GUGGGGCGGCGGCGGCGGCGGCGGCGGCGCGGCGCGGCGGUUGUGGCCGGCGGCAUGUUCCGCAUCGAGGGGCUGGGGCCCAAGGUGGACCCGGAGGAGCUGAAGCGGAAGAUGCGCCGCGAUGUGCUCACCUCCGUCCGCAACUUCCUCAUCUACGUCGCGCUGCUGCGGAUCACUCCAUUCAUCUUGAAGAAGCUGGACAGUAUAUGAUCACUCAAGAGCUGCAAGGAAGAUUCAGCGUAUGCAAACAUGGACUCUGGCUGCUUUUCCCUGUUCAUUAAUUAAUCAUGGUGCCAAAGGCAGGCGUCCCGUGCUAAAUGGAUCUAAAAACUUUCAUUUAAACAUAUCUGACUUGAGAACGGUAGGCUAGCUGGGAGAAUGAAGAAGGUGCCUGUCUUCCCUGCAGGUGUCUUCUGUCACACAAUACUCCUAAUAUCUGCAAACAGUGAUUUAUGGUAGUAUGUUUCUCAUACUGUUAAGAAAAAAGUUCAUCUCUGUUUUGUGUUAAGUGCAAGCAAGUUAUUCUGUUAUGCAGCUAUCUCUAAAUUGCUGCAUGCUAUUGCUGUAAACCUUUUUCAACCUCUCUGAGCGGGGAAAAAAAAGUUGUUGUUAAUCAAUCCAAUUCACAAGCAUUUUGAUUUGAAAUAAAUGGAAGAGUACUUCUGUCAUUCAAAGAA